AUGACACCUGUUAAACGAGGGGGAGAGGAACGAGAGUCUGCUACAGCUGAUGCAGGAUAUGCUAUCUUGGAAAAAACGUGUAGUGGUAGAGGCUUAGAAGACAAGAGAUUAAUGCCUCCCCCAUCACCAAUGGCAACUGUUGAGAAAUCUGCAGCUCUAACAACAUCAACAGCUAUGACGGCUGCAGCAGCUGCAGCAGCCUCUAACCCUGCCCUGGUGGCUUCUUAUGGCGGUGACAGUGACUCUGAUGAUGAACAGUUUGAGCAAUCUCCUCAACCAGGUGUCUCUCAACGAACUGGCAUGUUAGAUGAAUCUAAACUCACUGACUGGGCCAAAUUAGCAUGCUUGCUUUGCAAACGUCAGUUCCCCAGCAAAGAAGCUCUCACUAGACACACCCAACUCUCUGAUCUCCAUAAGCAAAAUCUGGAGGUUUUGAAGAAGAAAUUCAGUUCAGGUGGCCCAGAUGGAGAUAAAAAAGGACCUUACCGUGAUCGUGCCAAGGAAAGAAGGGAGAAAUAUGGAGCACCCUCCCCGCCAGAACCAAGGCGCAAAUUUGAAGCUCCUGUCAAUUAUGAAGAACCAACCAAGCAGGGAAUUGGCAAUGAUAACAUUGGUAACAAACUAUUGCAGAAAAUGGGCUGGAGUGAGGGGCAAGGUCUUGGCAAACAAGGCCAGGGGAUUGUGGCACCUAUUCAGGCUCAACGGAGGUCAGUAAGUGCAGGUCUUGGAGUUCGUGGGGCAAACAUUGUAUCUGAUGCUGGAGAUUCAUACAAGACCGCAGUAAAAAAAACCAUGUUUGCACGCUAUCAUGAGUUAGAAUGA